UCUGUUCACUGGAGCGACUCUAAAAUAUUCUCCUCUCUUCCUUCUCUACAGGGUUUUCAAUACUCAGCAAGGACGUUGUCGGUAGUGAAAAGUUGAUCAGAGGUGGGAAAAUGCAAGUCUUGGGUGUAGUUGCGGUAAUAUUAGCAGUGUACUGUGUACAUGCAAAGAUCUACUUUCGGGAGGAGUUUCUCGACGGUGAUGAAUGGAGAAGUCGCUGGGUAAACUCCAAACACAAAACUGACUAUGGAGAGUGGAAACUAACAGCUGGCAACUUCUAUGGAGAUGCUGAGAAAGACAAAGGUUUGCAAACAAGCCAGGAUGCUCGCUUCUAUGCCACCUCUGCCCGUUUUGAGCCUUUCAGCAAUGAGGACAAGCCUUUAGUCAUUCAGUUUACUGUGAAGCAUGAGCAGAAGAUUGACUGUGGUGGUGGUUAUGUGAAGGUCUUCCCUUCUGACUUGGAGCAGACUGAAAUGCAUGGAGAUUCCUCAUACUACAUCAUGUUUGGCCCUGAUAUCUGUGGGUACAGCACCAAGAAAGUACACGUCAUCUUCAAUUACAAGGGCAAGAAUCACCUCAUCAAGAAAGAGAUUAAGUGCAAGGAUGAUGAGCUGACCCACAUGUACACGUUGAUCCUGAAUCCAGAUCAGACCUAUGAGGUAAAGAUUGAUAAUGAGAAGGUAGAAUCUGGCAGCCUGGAAGAGGACUGGGACUUAUUGCCUGCUAAGAAAAUCAAGGAUCCUGAAGCUAAGAAGCCAGAGGACUGGGAUGAUCGUGCCAAGGUUGACGAUGCUGAAGACGCCAAGCCUGAGGAGUGGGACAAACCUGAGAACAUUCCAGACCCUGAUGCUAAAAAGCCCGAAGACUGGGACGUAGAUAUGGAUGGAGAGUGGGAGCCAGCCAUGAUCCCUAACCAAGAGUACAAGGGAGAAUGGAAACCCAAACAGAUCGACAACCCCGACUACAAAGGAGCCUGGGUGCAUCCUGAGAUUGACAAUCCUGAAUACAGUGCUGAUUCAAACAUCUACAAGUUUGAUAAGAUUUCUGUGUUAGGUCUUGAUCUUUGGCAGGUGAAAUCUGGUACCAUCUUUGACAACUUCUUGAUCACCGACGAUGUGAAGGAAGCAGAAGACAUUACCAACGAGACAUGGGGUGCAACAAAGGAACCAGAGAGGAAAAUGAAACAGGAGCAAGAUGACCUGAAACGAAAGGAAGAGGAGGAGAAGACCAAAGAACAAGAAACCGAAGGUGAUGAAGAGGAUGCUGAAGACGAGGAAGAUGAAGACCUUGAUGAGGAAGAAGACACUAAGGAUGAAAUGGAGGAGGCACUUUCAGAAAUGGAUGAAGAGGAAGCAAAGCUUAAAGAUGAGCUUUGAGGAGGUGUGGCCAGAGAUGGUGUCUGUCCCUCCUCUAAAGACUCUGUCCUGUAUUUCCCAGGGGUAUUGUGGCUGCUGUGCAUCCUUUCCCUGAGAAAAGGACACAACCUAAUUGGUGGGCAAAUGUAGUGAAGGGGGGCAAGUGGUUGAUAAUUGACAUAGUUUCUGUUUAGUGUUGGUCAUUAUAUUAUCAUGUUGCCUCUAGCUACUGGUUUGAUUUUACGGUUUUCCAUCCAUAUCCAUUCCUCAUUUUGUUAUUACAGAGAAUAUGGAGGCACUGACAUCUGCCUUUUUCUUGAUCUUCACAUCUACCCCUGUAAAAGUUGCACAGUUAACCAAAAGCUGUGAUAAAAAAUGUCAAAUUGAGAUUUGCUGAGCAUAAGAAUUAGCCAUUCAUUGUCCCUGGGGGGAAAUUCCUCUUACAACCUGGUGAAACAAACAUUGCACAUAUCUGAACAUACAACGCAUAAACAAAUCACAAAAAUUAAGAUUGUAAUCUAAUUUAUUUCGGUUGUCUGUUGCACUGACAUUUUAUUUUCCUUGUCACACGUUAAGAAAUAAUUCAAUAAAGUGUUUAAGCAUAAACAUUUAAUCUUUUAAGUGCACGAGGAAAUAGUUUUUCUGCAUUGAAAUGGCAUUUAUGUCUUCAUGGUAAUGUGAUGGAACCUGCGUCACAUGCUGAACAUCUGGAGAAACAGAUGCUGAGCCCCUGGUGUGACUCAUGACAUCACUAAUGGUCCCACGGUUAUUUUUAUUGGACAGAAUGUUAUUGAUACCAAAGUUUUUAUUAAAAGAAUAUAACCUUA